AUGGAAUCAAAAUUAUCGAUAAUAAAAUCAUAUUUGAAAAUUUGCUUAGGGAAAACUGACAUCCAUGGUAUUAAAUAUCUUACAAAUCAUGAUGAAGUACCAUUUUGGGAAAAGAUUUUCUGGUUCGUAGUACUUAUCUUAACUAUUUUUACAACAAUUUUUAUAUGUGGAAUAUUAUGCAAUAUAUAUAAUGGAAGUACAACAAAAACUGUAUUAGAAAACUCUAUAUAUCCAGUUCACCAGAUUAUAUUUCCUGCUUUAACAAUUUGCAGUAAAAAUCGUUUAAAUUGGAAACGUUUAGAUAUUGUAAAAAAACUUAAUACUAAUAUCAUUACUGAUAAUAAUUCGAAUUCAAUUAAAUUCAAUUAUCCUGAAUUAGAUAAUAUUGAUUUAUUUGAAGUGAUUAGAAUAAUGUCAAUACGUUGUGAUGAAAUGUUUAUUAAGGAUUCUUGUAAAUGGAUCAAUGAAAAUAAGAAUUGUUGUGAUAUAUUUGGUAUACAAAAAAAUAAAUUUGGAUUUUGUCAAACAUUCAAUUCAGUUGUUAAUGAACAUGGUAUGAAUAUGGCACUUAUUGAUUCAAAAUAUCCUUAUCGUUUGGCAAAAGGUGGUGUUUUGAAUGGAUUGAGUUUUAAAGUGAAAAUCAAUAGAGAUUUUAAAAUACCUGGAAGUAAAAUUCACGAUGGAUUUAUAAUAAUGUUGCAUCAUUGCUCCAGUUUUCAUGGACGUGAUGAAUUCAUACCAAUUGAAGUUGAUGCUGAUAUAAAAAUUCAACCAAUACUUUUUCAAACGGAAAUGGGUGCAAGGAAAUUUUCUCCAAAAAUUCGUAAAUGCUUUUUCAAUGGAGAACCUGGGCAUGCCUCUAGCCACUCACAAGCUGCUGCUACACAAUGCGCAGGUGGAACGUACCAAUCUCAGAUGGGCGAAUGGAACUACGUGCAACGCGGCAAGGAAGUUGUGGCCAAAGCUAGACUUGCGUCGCACGAGGGAUCUAACAUCUCUCCGACGGGAGGAUAUUGGCGCGGUGAUAAGGGUUUUAACUGGACACUGUCUGAUUGGCGAUCAUACCAGGAGGAUGGGCCGCCCGAUUACUUAAGUAAUACAAAAGCAAUUGGUGUAGAUCAAUUUUUUGAAGGAGAGAAAGGAAUUGAUUGUAUUUGCUAUAGGAAUUGUAGAGCUAUGGAAUAUGACACAGUUUUCCAUCAUCACCAUUAUCUUGGAACGGAUGUAACAAUGAAUCGAUUAACUUUAUUAGUUGAUGUUGGUGGUAUAGCAGGACUGUUACUUGGUUGUUCAAUAAUCACAUUCGUUGAGCUCAUUUAUUUUACGAUAUAUGGUUUCAUUUCUAUAAUUAGAGGUGUCGUAAAGAAAUAA